ACUGGCACAUGGCGCUCAGGGGCAUUAGUUCGUAAUUAUCUGCGAAAUCAAGGGCAGCUUCCCAAACUAGAGCAUUAUAAAAUCCUAAACUCCAACAGGGAAGUAGAAUGCAACGGCGAGUGCCACGCAAACAGGACCGCAAACAGAACCAGUGUGCGUCGUUUACCGGUCGCGAUCUUCAAUGGAAGCCGGGAAAUGCAGCAAAAUCCGGUGCAUUGUCAGGCUGCGCCAGAUGCUACGACGGUGGCGCAAUAAGGCACGCAUGUCCUCGGCGAACGGCGUUCCGUUGGAUGUCCCGCCUGGCCACGUGGCGGUCCGGGUCGGCAGAGACUGUGUUAGGAGGCAUGUGAUGAAGGCCAGCUACCUGAACCACCCCUUCUUCAAUAAGCUACUGAGUCAAGUGGAGGAGGAGUACGGAUUCUCCAACACCGGACCGCUCUCCAUUCCAUGCGACGAAGAAACCUUCCAAGAAGUUCUCCGGUUUGUUUCCAGGGCUGACUCUGGCAAAUCGGCCCGGUUCCGUAACCUCGACGAGUUUCACAGGUAUUGCCAUGAGGGUUUGAGGAACAACCUCGAAGUCUGGCAAGAAUAUCGACCGCUGCUUCAUGGGUUCACUUCUGCUCAAUGA